GCGGCGCCCGGGUUGCGGUUGCCGGGAGGCCCCGGGGGCUGGCGCGCGGCGGCGGGGGAGCGUUCGCCGCGCCGCUUCUUGUGACUUUUCUUUUGUUGUUUCCGCGACCCGGGUCUGUUUUCUCGGUCGUUGUGGAAGGUGUUUUCCUGCUGCACCGGCUCUCUGCCCUGCACCUCCUUCCCAGUGGUUUCACCCUUCCUCUUUCCCUGAGUGCUUUAUGCACGGCGAACUGCGCGAAGAUUUGCAUCCCCCCCCCCCCAAACCUCACACAUACUCGGGCACCCUGCCCCCACCUCCGAGAAACAAAACCCCAAACCCCACAGAACCUCCGUGUGGGUCCGCGGUAGCGAGACUUGGACGGGUUGGUCUGUGGAGUGGAUGUCUCCAGGCCAUUGCGGUGCUUGGGGCUCAUUAGACUGUCAGUCACCCCCACCACCACCCCACUGGGUAAACGGGGUGAUUAAUGUCGGAUAUAUUGGAAUGGGGCGAGGGCAUCUGCGGAGAAGAGGGCGUGUGUGUGGCAGGGAAGUAAUGUAUCUGCACAGUGUGCCUCCAGAACGAGUUCAGAAUUAUGUCAUUCUCCGCGAAGUUAGAGAAAGUUAGGUUUGUGAGUCGUGAGCGAGGGCAGGACAAAGUUGGGGUUUUGUUCUCCAGCUCCCUGCCUUGGUUUUCUAAAGCGAGCCUAAGUGGUUGUCGCCCGGGUUGGGACGUUUACGAUUCAGGCCCCGAUUUCUGUUUUGUUUUGUUUGGUUUGGUUUGGUUUUUCUUUUAACCCGACCUCCCAAGUCUGUGGAGAUGAGUCUUGACAUUCAUAGCUGUCGUAGCACCUUGCAGGGAUCGGUCGGCCCAGCCCCGGUUACAUUAACAUUUCAUCAGCCGUUAGAAAAGACCCACAAACUCCAGACAAGAAAGUUCCCAGAGUCUACACUUGGCUUUCCACCCCUCCGGGUGAUUACAGCCCCUUCCCCCAGAGUGAUAGAGACCAAGGGCAAGACAAAGUGACGUCUUUUCUGAGCAGAAAAUGAGAAGUGGUCACACAGUCAUCCUAAGAGACUGUAGCAGGUUGUUUCGGUUUAUUAAUUUGCCUUAUUGGACUGAAACACUUUCCAGGAUUUCAGAAAGUGCAGUUUCAGUUUGUUGAUGCUGAGGAUGGAAAUUUGCGUUCACGGUGGCAGUGUGGAUUAUUUUUCUGGGAGGUAGCUGCUGAUAAGUUGCUAAGUAAGAGUGAAAUAAUAAGGUGAGCCACGCUGAAGUAAUAGUUUUUAAUAAGUCUGCCAACAUUUUGGAGAUGUCUACCAUUUAUCUCAGCAGGGGGGAAAACAUGCUGUAAUAACGUUGAAAUGGGACUGGGAUGUCAAAUGGGUUGGUUUAAAAAUACCCCUAAGCUGCCUUUGAAACUAGACGUUGGAGUUGAAUAAAAGUGAAUGUGGGUUUCCUGAAUAGCACCGAGCUUGAGUGUGCUGUCAUAUGUAAGCCAGUCCACCAACUCGAGGCAGAAGUGUUGCGAUUCCAUAAAUACAGUAGGACUCCAUAUGCUGAGUUUUUCAAUUUCUUCUGUUCGAAAGUUUGGGGGGGAAAAGGAAGACUUUGAAGUAUUUUGUUUAUACUAACAGAAGAGAAAAGUUCUCCUAAGAAAAAGCUGGUGGCAGGAGUGUAGAGGAGUAGCAUAUGGCAUUAAAGGAGCACAGCUGGAGGUAGCAUUUCCAUCUGAACAUGAUGUCAGAGCAGCUGACAGCCUGCCAUCCCUCAGCCUUUUAUUCUAACACACAGACAGGGAGUUAGUGUGUGCGGAUCUGUGCUGGGGAAGGUAUCUCAUUCCUCUCCAACAUCAUCUCCACUUUGCAUCUGUCUCUCUUAGUCUGCUUUUUUCCACCGAUGUAACAGACCUGGAGCCAGCAAGACUCCGAGGGAAGGACUUAAUCAAGUUUAUGUGUCCUAAAGGUUAUGAAGACAGUAUGGAGUUUCCAGACCACAGCAGACAUUUGCUGCAGUGUCUGAGCGAGCAGAGACAUCAGGGCUUUCUUUGUGACUGCACCGUUCUGGUGGGAGAUGCCCAGUUCCGGGCGCACCGAGCUGUACUGGCUUCAUGCAGCAUGUAUUUCCACCUCUUUUACAAGGACCAGCUGGACAAAAGAGACAUUGUUCAUCUGAACAGCGACAUUGUGACAGCCCCCGCUUUCGCUCUCCUGCUUGAAUUCAUGUAUGAAGGGAAACUCCAGUUCAAAGACUUGCCCAUUGAGGACGUGCUAGCAGCUGCCAGUUAUCUCCACAUGUAUGACAUUGUCAAAGUCUGCAAAAAGAAGCUGAAAGAAAAAGCCACCACAGAGGCAGACAGCACCAAAAAAGAAGAAGACGCUUCAAGUUGUUCGGACAAAGUCGAGAGCCUCUCAGACGGCAGCAGCCACAUGGCAGGUGACCUGCCCAGUGAUGAAGAUGAAGGCGAAGAUGAGAAAUUGAACAUUCUACCCAGCAAAAGGGACUUGGCAGCUGAGCCUGGGAACAUGUGGAUGCGAUUGCCCUCAGACUCAGCAGGCAUCCCCCAGGCUGGCGGAGAGGCCGAGCCACACGCCACAGCAGCUGGAAAAACAGUAGCCAGCCCCUGCAGCUCAACAGAGUCUUUGUCCCAGAGGACGUGCUGAGAAGCAACCUGGUGCAGGUGAAGGUGGAGAAAGAGGCGUCCUGUGAUGACAGUGAUGUUGGCACUAAUGACUAUGACAUGGAACAUAGCACUGUGAAAGAGAGUGUGAGCACUAACAACAGGGUACAGUAU